GCAAGGGGGUUUAGGCUAAAACACAGGUGCGCAUAAAACCACAGAUUCAGGGGACACGCCGAUCAAUUUUGCGAGACCGCAUGACCGUGAACCUGUAUUAGGUUUAAACAACGGGGGUUUACCUUGAUACAGUCUAUGAUUUAAACUCGUUCUGAACUCUAACCCGCUGCAAAGCUAAUGACAUAGCAGCCGCCGCACAAGGUUAGCUCUCUUUUUCUUUUUUAGAGCAUUAUAUGUUUCACUUAACUGAGCCAACAGGAAGACAGCUGAGUCAGAACGGACCACAGCUUAAUUCGGUUUGACCUCCUGUACGGUGGCAAUAUGUAACGACCCGUUGCAUGCUGGGAACCGUGCUGCUUCAAUUCAUUCGAGUCAGGAAACGAAACACUUGUUGUAUCCGACCGAAUUUUUCGGCAUGGCGCUGACCCGUCUUGAACGGUUCUUAACCUGGGUGUUGCGCGCAUUUGUGGCGUUUCUGUUCGCCGCCUUUCAGCUGCUUGCACCCCGGCAGUCGGACGGGUCCUCUAAACUCCCACCAAUCACAAACCCUCUGCUGAUGAUAUCGGGGAUACAGCUCGCGCAGAAGAUACGCCGAAAGGAGGUAAUGAGUGUAGAGGUGGUCCAGGCAUAUAUUGAUCGCAUCCAGGAGGUCAAUCCCCUCAUUAACGCCAUGGUUAAGGACAGGUUCAGUGAAGCUCUCCAGGAGGCCGCUCAUGCGGACAGGCUGGUGCAGGAGGAGGAGGGGGGAGAGGAGGCUCUGCAGCAUCGCCUCCCCCUGCUGGGCGUUCCCUUCACUGUCAAAGAGUCCUUCAAGCUGCAGGGCAUGCCGAACAGCACAGGACUGCUGUCGAGGAGGGGUGUGGUCUCCCAAGGCGACGCCCCCCCCGUAGCGUUGCUGAAGAGGGCGGGGGCGAUUCCACUGGGCGUCACAAACUGCAGUGAGCUCUGCAUGUGGCUGGAGUCCCACAACCGCCUGUACGGCAUCACCAAAAACCCCUACAACACUGAGCGCAUACCUGGCGGCAGUUCAGGAGGGGAGGGCAGUAUUUUGGCGAGCGGGGGUUCUGUCAUCGGCGUGGGCUCAGAUAUCGGGGGCAGUAUCCGCAUACCCGCCUUCUUUAACGGCAUCUUCGGCCACAAACCCACCCCAGGUGUGGUGUCUAAUGAGGGUCAGUACCCUCCUGCCUCAGAGCAGCAGCAGAGCUUCCUGUGCACAGGACCCAUGUGCCGCUACGCCGAAGAUCUGCUCCCUCUGCUCAGGAUCAUGGCAGGACCCAGCGCAGAAAAGCUGUCUCUCUCCUCGGAGGUGGACCUGAGUAAGCUGAGGUUUUUCUCUGUGCCUCAUGAUGGUGGUUCCCCCCUCAUGUCCCCCGUGGACCAGGAGCUCCUGGAGGCUCAGAGAAAGGUGGUGGAGCGUCUGGAGACAGACCUGGGGGUGAAAGUACAGAAGCUGCAGCUCCCCCAGCUCAGAUACUCCUUCCAAAUCUGGGGAGCAUUGAUGGGGGCUCCAGGGAAGGACGGAAAGCCGCCCAAGACCUUUGCAGAGCUGAUGGGGGGUGAAGGCAAGAGGGUGUGGCCUGUCUGGGAAAUGGCCAAGUGGAUGCUGGGACGGUCCUCCCAUACCAUGCCUGCUAUCGGUCUGGCUCUGAUGGAGAUGGUGCAGAGCUCUCGGCCCUCCCCGUUUGUCCUACAGCAGAAGGAGGAGCUACAGACACAGCUUGAGGAGCUUCUGGGUACAGAUGGGGUUCUGCUGUACCCCACUCACCCCCACAUCGCUCCCAAACAUCACCACCCUUUCUUCACCCCCUUCAACUUUGCUUACACAGGGAUCUUUAACAUCCUGGGGCUGCCGGUGACUCAGUGUCCUGUGGGACUGAGCAGGGAGGGUUUACCCCUGGGGCUGCAGCUGGUUGCCGGGAAACGGCAGGAUCACCUGACUCUGGCAGCCGCCCUGCACCUGGAGAGAGCAUUCGGGGGCUGGAGGGACCCAGGGACUGUCUAAACACACACACACACACACAAUACACACACACACACACUCACUCUACACACUAUACACACACACACACAAGCGAUAAAACAGAAUGAUAACUGAUUAAAGGACAGCUUCUAUCUAUUCAAAGUAUUACAUCAAACUGCUUAACACACUGUACACACAGUACUUACACACAUGUGCUCCCACAGACAUGCACAAACUGCUUAACACACUGUACACACUACUUACACACAUGUGCUCCCACAGACAUGCACAAACUGCUUAACACAC